AUGGCGGACGAAAGCGCUGUCACGGUCUGCGUUCGAGUACGGCCGCUCAUCAGCAGAGAACAAGACCUUGGAGAUGCCACACAGCUUCACUGGAAGACUGAAGACAGACUGAUUUCUCAAAUUGAUGGAACAAAAUCCUUUAGUUUUGAUCGUGUGUUUCAUACCAAUGAAACUACGGAAAAGGUAUAUGAAGAAAUGGCAGUGCCCAUUAUAUGUUCUGCCAUACAGGGCUAUAAUGGUACAAUAUUUGCAUAUGGACAGACUGCUUCAGGAAAAACCUAUACAAUGAUGGGUUCAGCAGAUGGUUUGGGUGUAAUACCUAAAGCAAUUAAUGAUAUUUUCAUAAAGAUUAAGGAGAUUCCUGAAAGAGAAUUUCUAUUACGUGUAUCUUAUAUGGAAAUUUACAAUGAAACCAUAACAGAUUUACUCUGUGACACCAGAAAAAUGAAACCUUUAGAAAUUCGGGAAGAUUUCAAUAGAAAUGUGUAUGUAGCUGAUCUCACAGAAGAGGUGGUCUCCACACCAGAGCUGGCUCUGCAGUGGAUCAAGAAAGGAGAGAGAAACAGGCACUAUGGGAAAACAAAAAUGAAUCAGAGAAGUAGUCGUUCCCAUACAAUUUUCAGAAUGAUAUUGGAAAGUAGAGAAAAGGGUGACCCUUCUAACUGUGAUGGAGCUGUCAUGGUGUCUCAUUUGAAUCUGGUUGAUCUUGCAGGAAGUGAAAGAGCCAGUCAGACAGGAUCCGAAGGACUUCGACUCAAAGAAGGCUGUAAUAUUAAUAGGAGUUUGUUCAUACUGGGACAAGUGAUCAAGAAGCUUAGUGAUGGACAAGCUGGAGGUUUCAUAAACUAUCGAGAUAGCAAGUUGACUCGAAUUCUCCAGAAUUCCUUAGGAGGAAAUACAAAAACUCUUAUUAUUUGCACUAUCACUCCAGUGUCUUUUGAUGAAACACUUAGUACUCUCCAAUUUGCCAGUACUGCUAAAUAUAUGAAAAAUACACCCCAUGUUAAUGAGGUAUUGGAUGAUGAAGCUCUCUUGAAAAGAUAUCGGAAGGAAAUAAUAGAUUUGAAAAAACAACUAGAGGAGGUUUCUUCAGAGACUCGUGUCCAAGCCAUGGAGAAAGAUCAACUAGCCCAACUUUUGGAAGAGAAAGACUUGCUUCAAAAGGUACAAAAUGACAAAAUUCAUAAUUUAACACAGAUGUUGGUGACCUCCUCUACCGUCACAUUACAGCAAGAUCUCAAGGCCAAAAGAAAACGAAGAGUCACUUGGUGCCCUGGCAAAACAAACAAAAUGAAGGAUAUUGGCUAUAUAGAUGACUUUGAUACCACAAAGGCCAUUGUGACCAAAUCAGUCAAAGCUGCCAUACCUUCCAUAGUAGAAACUGAUGAAUCCGUGUGCUCAGAGUUUGAUAUUUUCGGUAAUACUCUUGAAACGAUAUCUGAAAUGGAGUGGAAUCCAGCCACAAAGCUAAACCAGAUUCAGGAACAGGAUUUAUUGGAUUCAGUUGAACUUUGUGAAACAAUAAUAUCAGAAAAGGAGACUGUGCAGAAUGAGUUGAAUUCGCUGCGUGCUAACUUCGAUAAUCUGGUGUUAGAUUAUGAACAACUGCAAAGAAAAAAGACAGAAAUGGAAUUGAAAUUAAAUGAAAAGCUUGAGUUAGAUGAAUUUGUGACUCUGGAAAUGCAAACUAUAAAAGAACAGGAGAAUGAACUAAAUUUAAAAUCACAGCUGCUCAAAGAAAAGGAAGAACAAAUCAUGGAACUACAGAAGCUUUUAGAAUUACAAAGGGUAGAAAAUAUGAAAAUGGACUUCUCUAGUUCAGUGGAAAAUGGUGAAAAGUUAUACGAAGAACUAAAGCAUUUAAAGAAGUCUCUCCAUGAUACUGAAGCCAUAGCCCUGGAUGCCAAGAAAGAAACAGCAUUUCUUAAAAGUGAGAAUCAGGAUCUGAAAGAAAAAAUGGAGGAACUUUCAAGUAGAUGCCAGCAACUAGAAAAGGAAAAUCAUCAGUAUCAAAGACAGUUGGAAGAGAGAAAAGACAUUUCCAAAAGAAGGCAGGCUGAUCUAGAGAGAGAGUUACAAUCUGCUUUUAAUGAAAUCACAAAACUGACUUCCAUUAUCGAUGGCAAAUAUCCAAAAGAUUUGCUCCUUGCAGUGGAAUUGGAAAGAAAGGUUAAAGAUCUCCAAAAAGACUUGGAUAAGGAGUUUGAAGAAAACGCAGCUUUGCAAAAAGAAAUUAAUAUACUGUCUGAAUUGAAGUCUUUACCUACUGAACUAGAAAUUCUGAGGAAAGAGAGACUUGAAAAAUCUGAAGAGCUGGAUUUGAUAAUGGCAGAAAAGGAUAAACUUCUUACUGAAGUAGUUUAUAAAGACAAUAGGCUUCAAGAACUAUUUGAUGAAAUUGAGAAAACCAAAGAAGAGCUAGCAGCUGCUCAGUCAAAUCAUAAAGCCACCACUCAGGAAUACCAAGAUUUCAAACGACACCAUGGAGAGUUGGAGCAAAAUUAUUUUACUAUGCUUGAAGAGAUGGAGAAAAUGAAACAUCAGAUUAUAACUAUAUCAGAAGAAGCUCAUGAGGUUGUUGUAGAUUUGGAUGAUUUGGUUAGUGCACCACGCGUCAAGGCUGACAAGCUAAAUGAAGGACAAAAUUUGGAAGCUCCAGGAAAUCUUGUGCCUCUGACAUACUAUGAAAAGGACAAUGAAUUACUUCAACAACAAAGACAAAUUUCCUCCUUAAUACAGGAAAAAAAUCAACUACAGCAAAUGUUGGAGUGCGUUACAGCAGAAAAGAAUCAAUUGAAAACUGAUCUAGAGGAAAAUAUCGAAAUGACUAUUGAAAAUCAAGAGGAAUUAAGAAAUAUUGGAGCAACACUUAAAAAACAACAAGAGGAAAUCAUCAAAGAAAGGAGAAAAACUGCAGAGAAAGAAGGAGAACUUUUGAUGACUCAGGAGAGAUUGGCAGACACUGAAGAGAAACUCAAUGACAAGAUCCAAGAACUUCAAGAAAAAGAGGAGCAAAUGUUGAAUAUUAGAAAAGAAAUCAUUGAGGCUCAGGAGAAGGUGAAUGAGAUGGAGCAAUUAAGGGAUCAAUUAAAAUCCAGAAAUUCCUCUCUGGAGAGGGCAGAAAUGGAGAAGCUGGAGCUGGCUCAGAAACUUCAAGUGAGUCUGGAACAAAUAACGUCAGCGACCAAGGAAAUAAAUGAAUUGAAGAAGACACAGAUUGCUCUCCAAUUAGAGAAAGACCAACUCGAAGAAAAUAUCAGAGAAGUUAUAACUAAGGGUCUGGAAUCACAAGAAGAACUAAAAAUUGCCCAGAUACGUCUCAAGGAACACCAAGAGAGAAUUGCUAAAUUGAAAGAAUGCAUUUCAGAGCAGGCAGCUCAAGGAUUAAAUGAUCAAGGAGAUUUAGAGAAAACCAAUGCUGAACUGCAGGAAAAGAUUCAAGAGCUUCAGGAGAAAAAGGAGCAUGUUUGUAAUGUCAGGGAAGAAGUCACUGAGGCUCAGGAAAAAGUGGAUGAGGUGGAACAUUUGAAGGAGCAGUUAAAGUCCAAAGAUUCUACACUGGAGAGGAUAGAGAUGGAAAACCUGGAGCUGGCUCAGAAACUCCAGGCAAGUCUUCAAGAAACAACAUCUGUAACUGAGGAGAGAGAUGAAUUGACAAAGACACAAGAAGGUCUUCGUAUAGAGAGAGACCGACUGAAAGAAACCAUAAGGGACCUCAUAGCUAAGGAUCUAGAAACACAAGAAAAACUAAAAGUUUCUGAGAUGGAUAUGAAGGAGCACCAAGAGACUAUUGAUAAACUAAAAGGAUGUGUUUCAGAGAAGACAGCUCAACAAGAAGCUUUAGAGAAAACUAAUAUUGAAUUGCAGAAAAGGAUUCAAGAGCUUCAGGAGAAAAAGGAGCACGUUUGUAAUGUCAGAGAAGAAGUCACUGAGGCUCAGGAAAAAGUGGAUGAGGUGGAACAUUUGAAGGAGCAAUUGAAGUCCAAAGAUUCUACACUGGAGAGGAUAGAGAUGGAAAACCUGGAGCUGGCUCAGAAACUCCAGGCAAGUCUUCAAGAAACAACAUCUGUAACUGAGGAGAGAGAUAAAUUGACAAAGACACAAGCAGCUCUUCACACAGAGAGGGACCAACUGAAAGAAACCAUAAAGGACCUCAUAGCUAAGGAUCUAGAUACACAAGAAAAACUAAAGAUUGUUCAGAGUGAUCUGAAGGAGCACCAAGACACAAUCAAUGAACUAAAAGAAUGUGUUUCAGAGAAGACAGCUCAAGUGUCAGAGACUCAAGAAGCUUUUGAAAAAGUUAAUGCUGAAUUGCAAAGAAGGAUUCAACAGCUUCAGGAGCACAUUUGUAAUGUCAGAGAAGUCACUGAGGCUCGGGAAAAAGUGAAUGAGGUGGAACAUUUGAAGGAGCAAUUAAAGUCCAAAACUUCUACACUGGAGAGGAUAGAGAUGGAAAACCUGGAGCUGGCUCAGAAACUCCAGGCAAGUCUUGAAGAAACAACAUCUGUAACUGAGGAGAGAGAUGAAUUGACAAAGACACAAGCAGCUCUUCACAUAGAGAGGGACCAACUGAAAGAAACCGUAAGGGACCUUAUAGCUAAGGAUCUGGAAACCCAAGAAAAACUAAAAGUUGCUGAGAUGCAUCUGAAGGAGCACCAAGAGGCUAUUGAUAAACUAAAAGGAUGUGUUUCAGAGAAGACAGUUCAAGUAUCAGAGACUCAAGCAGCUUUUGAAAAAAUUAAUGCUGAACUGCAGGAAAGGAUUCAAGAGCUUCAGGAGAGUAGGGAGCAAGUUUUUAAUAUCAGAAAAGAAGUCACUGAGGCUCAGGAAAAGGUGAAUGAGGUGGAACAUUUGAAGGAGCAAUUGAAGUCCAAAGAUUCUACCCUGGAGAGGAUAGAGAUGGAAAACCUGGAGCUGGCUCAGAAACUCCAGGCAAGUCUUGAAAAAACAACAUCUGUAACUGAGGAGAGAGAUGAAUUGACAAAGACACAAGCAGCUCUUCACCUAGAGAGGGAUGGACUGAAAGAAACCAUAAGGGACCUCAUGGCUAAGGAUCAAGAAACGCAAGAAGAAUUAACAUUUGCUGAUAUGCGUCUAAAAGAAAACCAGGAUAUGAUUGACAGACUAAAAGAAUGCAUUUCAGAGGUAUCAAAGAGUCAAAACAUUUUAGAGAAAACCAAUGCAGAACUGCAGGUAAAGAUCCUAAAGCUUCAAGAAACAGAAGAGAACCUUGUCAGUAUGAGAGAAGAAGUGAAGGAGACUGAGCUUCAAAGGCAAUUGUUGUGUCAUUUGGAGGAGCAGCUGAAGAACAUGAAUCACAUGUUGUCUGUGGUAGAGACAGAGAAACUAGACCUGACUCAGAAACUUGAUUCAAGUCUUAGUGAAAUGAACGCUGUCAUCAAGGAAAGAGAUGCCCUGAAGGAGACAGAGAAGGCUCUCCAGAUGGAAGUAAACCAUUUGAAAGAAAGUCUGAAGAGCUACGCCCUGGACCAACAAAAGCGGAAAGAGCUGGUAAACAAUGAAGCAAACACAAAAGAGGACAUCAAACAACAUCCUAUUGAAGAUCUUAAAGAAAAGUACUUAAAGAUAAAUGAACUUCUGAAAAAAUACACUAUGAUGGAAAAUCACUGUGGGUUCUUGAACAGACUUUCUCUUGAUUUGAAGAGGGCAUUUGAAAACCAAAAUCCGCUCCAGGUCAAAGUUCAGGCCUGCCUUUCUCACACUCCUCAGGACACUAAAGCUGUCGGGAAACUUCUGGCUAGUAACAGGAGGUGCAAUAAUGAUCUCCACUCGAGUAGCACGUGCGUUCUGAAGAAGCUGGAGGGCGUGUUAAAGCAUGUUAUAGACAUAAGGAGAGAACAUCAUAAUACCAUCUGCAGAUUUGAAAUGGACUUAAUUGCGGAGGCAGAAAAGCAGAAUGACUUGUUUAUUAAAAUACAGCAUCUUCAACAACACUCUGAGACAGGAUCUCAGGAAUUAUGUGGCUACAAAAAUUUGAGCCAAAAGAUGGAUCUCCAUAUUGAGCAAAUUCUCAAGGAUGUUUCAGAGACUCAAAAUGAUAUCAACAACAUGAUAGCAGAGUUCCAACAACUGUUAAAUGCUAAGAAAGAAAUUAUCUUGUCCUUGGAAAUGUGCUUAAGCACACAUCUUGAUGCAGAGAGCCUUAAAAUAAUACAGGAGGAGAAUGAUAGGAUUGUGCAUGUGAAUAAUUUGUAUCAUAAUAAAAUAAAGGCUAUUAUGAAUGAAUCAUCUGAGUUUGAGGACAAAAGUGUUGCUGUAUGUAAAGAAUGGGAACUUGAACUGAGACAAAUGAAGGACAAGAAUGAAGAAAUGGUAAAGAUGUUCCAAACUGGAAAGACCACCCUUCUACCGCUGGAUUACUUGAACACUCUUACUGUAGGAGAAAAUAGGAAACACCAUCGUAAAUUGAGCCACAGAAGACAGACCACAGAGGAAAUUCAAGAAACAUUUCGUGAAGACAAAGAAAACAAGCAUAAACAACAGGAAAUUGAUCAAAUGCAGAAAAACCUUGAAGUGGCUAAAGUUGUGAGUAACAAACAUCUUCAAAGUCAACAAACAGCAGCACAAAAUUGUCAGGACAUCAAAACUGUGUCCAGCAAAGAAACUGAUGAUCUCAAGAUGAAAUUGGUGAAGUUGAACAUAGAAAAAAUGAAUGAGUCCAAGAAGUUGGAAAAAGAAAUUGCUUCUAAAACUGCCAUAAUAGAGCAUCAGGAAGAAAUUAUAAGCCAACUGAAGGAAAAUCUGAGAAGAGCCCAACAGUGUAAUGAUAUCUCAAUGAUAGAGCCAUCUGGUCAUGCCCAGGCUUCCCACACACCAUUGACCUGUGGGGGUGGCAGUGGUAUUAUACAGAGCACAAAGGCACUGAUUUUAAAGGCGGAUCGUGUGAGGCUCGAGAGAGAGAUUAGCAAGUUAAAGCAACAGAAUGAAUAUCUGACAAACCAUCAGAGUCAGCUGUCAAGCAACAAUUUUCAUCUUGUCAGAGAAGUCAAAAAAUGGAGGGAGAGAGCCCUUAAAAAGGAAGGCCAAGAACUCACUCGUGUCCACUCUCCAAAAUCUCCUAAAUUGACAGAAAUUCCAUCCUUAAAGAGACAAUGUAUGUCACCUCUGUAUAAAGAGCAGAAUUCACAGGAAACUUUACCAAAGGAUUCACCAAAUUCUUGGGCACAUGACGGACGGUCAAAGUCUCUACCAGUCACUUAUCAUAAUAACUAUUUUGACAACUCUGGCCUAGGCCUACUCCCAGAAAUAGCUUUCAGUUCUACAAAUGAUCCUACAAAAGAAACUCCAAGAGAGGAAAAUACAGGUUCUUUGUUGGAUCAAUGGCAGACCUCUUCAGGAAAAGACGCAGUUGAAUGUAGAACUCAGUAAUGUCAUCUUUAUGCAUUAUGAACAUUCCAGGUUCUUCACAACACUUAGAUGUAAUUUUGUAUCGUUCUCCCAACUACCGCAAUCAUAGUUCAGUUAAACUUUAUUUUGUUUGUCUCAGCGUGCCACUAAUAUUACUGGAUAAAUGAAUAGGAAACAAUGGACCAGAUCAGUAAAGAAUUGAUUAGAAUGGUAUCAAAAUGUUUAUUUCAUUUUUAAAUGUUAGAACACUUUUGAAAUAGGUUUUAUUUAAAAGGAGCUUCUGUGGAAUACAAAUUAUGGAAGGAAUUCCUCAGGCUGAGCAAUUGCAAAUGAGGAAAGAUGACUUAAUUUAUAUAGGCAUAAUUUUAUCUACUUUUUUUAAA